CCCGCAUACAAAAUCCCCUGCUCCACCGUCCGUCCACCAAACCCAAGAACACACACCACUCCUCGUCUCCUCCUGCAGCUCCCCACCGACAGCGCGCGCUCGAGGCCGGUCGAGUUAGCUAGCUAGCUUGGCUGCGCGCGGGAUCCAUGGCGGGGCUCCUGCGACUGCCCGCUGCGGCGGCGGCCGUCGCGGUCCUGGUGGCCGUCGCACUGCCGGCCUCGCGGGCCGCGUCGCCGGCGGCGGACGACGCGCCGGAGUACCGGAACCACACCGUGGGCGGCGCCGACGGCUGGUUCUUCGACGCCAAGGCCAACGCCAGUUCCGGGAACUACUCCGGCUGGGCCAACGGCGAGACCUUCUACCUCGGUGACUACCUCAUAUUCAAGACGAACGACAACUCGUCGGUGGUGCACACCACAAACGCCACCACCUACGACCUCUGCGACCCCACCGACGACCUGGGGCCGGCGACCUACAUCUACGGCGGCGGCGGGGGCGGGGGCGGCGGCCUCGAGCAGAACAACACCAUCCCGGUCCCUCUCGUCCAGGAGGGCACCAACUACUUCUUCUCCGACGCCGACGACGGCGCGCAGUGCCAGAAGGGGAUGCGCUUCGAGAUCAAGGUCGAGCACGGCCGGGGCCUGCCGCCGUCGCUCAAGAACCCGCCGCCGGCGCCCAAGGAGCGCGUCCUCGCGCCGCCCCCGGCCGGGACGGCCUUCUCGGGCACAGGAGGGGUCGAGCCUGGGGACGGCGCCGGGGACAACGGCGGCGCUGGCAGGAGCGGUGCGGGCAGAGCGGCGGCGGCCGGCGGCCGGCUCUUGGGGGCGGCUGUCGCGGUGGCGCUGGCGGCUCUGGUUGCUGCCUGAGUUGUUGAGUUGGUAGGGUCGCGAUGUCAGAGAUAGGAGUUCUGCCAUUGGUUGUUUGGAUUUCUGUAUUUAAUUUUAUUUAUACAUGACCUGAUUUUGGUGGGCGAUAAAUUGAUCAUUGGUUACUAGUUUUUUAUUUUCCCCUUUUGCAAUCAUAUUUGAAGGAUUCCUUUCGAUA